GGCCUAGCCUUCAGCCUGGGAGCGGACGCAUACAGAGCUUUGUGUAGCCCCCAAACGGACAAAGACAAAAAACAACCAACGUGGGAAACAGGCGGCGUGUUCCAGCCAGCCAUUCGCUUGGCAUGCGAGAGACCCUGGCUGUGCUGCAUGGCCACGUUGCGUUGCCGUUGGCCCAAAUCGCAGGCAGCCCUGCGUGCUUCGGAGUGCUUCCCCACCAUGUGGUUGCAAGCUGCGGAAAGCUAACCAGACUCGGUUCAUUGAAGGAUUCUAGUUUCGGUCGCUUCCCGUUUCGCUUCUCCCAUGGAGCCGUGCUCAGGAGAUGGAGGAGGCCUAGAGUUGCGGCGCCAACUUGAGGCCGUGAUCACGUCUGUGGUGGGCGAAACCCUUGAUCGCGAGCGCUGGACCACUUUGCUGGGCUCCCUUGGCAUCAGCCUACAAGAGGCUGAUGCCAUACUGAAGGAUUUCAGCGGACAGAUCAGUGUUCGCAAUUUCCUGGAUCUCCUCUACGAUUUGCAAAGCAAACAGAGCGAGGCCAAGUACGACUUGAAAGACCCCAAGGCCUUGGCCGACUUCCUGCAGGACGCAGACAUCCGAUUGGUGCGGGCAAAGUACCUUUACCAGUUGCACGAGCAGAAGACACCCUUGAGAAGGCGACAGGAAACCGAGCUCGACCCGGCCGCGCUUGUGAGCCACGCGGAAGUGAGAGAGUGGGCCGAAGGGCGGCGAGAGGCGAUCCUUUGCGCGGUGUCCCACAGCUGGGAAAGUUGCGAGCAUCCGGAUCCGUGCUGCUUCCAGUUGGAACAGCUGGUGAACUGUUUGGCGCUGUACCAUGCAGCCUAUUCGGCCGAGAUUUGGCUGUUUUACGAUUACGUGUCGUUAUUUCAGUAUAGGCGCCAGACUUCCGAAGACGAGAGCUUCGGGCGUGCGAUGUCCGACAUGCACGUCGUCUAUGCACAUGACUGUACAUUGACCUUUCGGAUCGAGAGCCUGACGCCCAAAGCAGUUUGGGAUAGUGCGCGGCAGGAUGCCACACGCACAGUGCCUGUCUACCAUGAGCCCAGCGGUUCCGUCCAAGCCGUUCCGGUUGGCGAGCUCACCGAAAACCGCGUUCCGUACCGGGACCGCGGCUGGUGCCGCGCCGAGAUCGAGUGGUCCUCCUCGCGUGGCAGCUCCGCGCAGCAUCAGCGCAUCGACGUGUCGGCUGCUGCUGACAUCUCGUGCCUCCGUGGCCGCGUGGCCACGGCGCCCGAGGACUUCGCCGCCAGGAUGCACAGCGCGCAGUUCACGCACCGCUCGGAUGCCGAGGCCGUGAUCGCGUUGCAGGAGAAGAUCUUCUCGGAGAAGGUGACCGCCUGCGUAAAAGUGCAGCUCAACGACCUGCCGGCCAGCGAGGUGGCCAAGCUGGUGCAGGUUCUCCCCCGCGCCCGGCGGCUCCGAGUCAUGGGACUCUGCAACGUCGAGGUUGAUGCGGCUACAGCCGACGCAUUGGGGAAGGCGGUGGGCGUGCACUCGAUCUUACAAGACUUCACAAUGAGAAUGGAGUUGCCUGAUGCAGCAACAGCCGUUGUCAAGGCCCUCGCAGCAGUGCUCGAGAAGAACAAGACCAUGACACACGUGAGCUUGGGAUUCAAUGGCAUCGGCGAUGCGGGCGCUCAGGCGCUCGCAUUGGCGCUGGAGCGGAACAGCGCCCUGACGCGCAUCGACCUGGCAAAUAAUAAUAUCGGCGACGUGGGCGCUCAGGCCCUUGCAGCAGCACUGAAGCUGAACAACACUAUGAAGGACCUCGACUUGCGAUAUAAUGAGAUCGGCGAUGCGGGCGCUCAGGCUCUCGCAGGGGCCCUUGAGCAGAACAACGCUAUGACACACAUCGACCUGCAAUACAAUGAGAUCGGCGAUGUGGGCGCUCAGGCCCUCGCAGUAACUCUGGAGAAGAACACCGCCCUAACACACAUCAACUUGACUUGCAAUGGCAUUGGCAUUGCAGGCGCUCAGGCCCUCGCAGCAGCGCUGAAGAAGAACAACGCCCUAACUCACAUCGACUUGGCCAUCAAUCGCAUCGGUGUUGAGGGCACUCAGGCCUUGGAGGAAAUUGAGGGGCACUUGGCGAGAAACAGAGCGGCCAUCAAGGAUUUCAGACUGCCAAGCUACAACGGCCAGCCACCGUGCGCAGUUGCUUUACCACAGCCUCGAAUAGAGGCUCUCGCGGAGGUGCUGAAAAGGAACAGCGCCGUGGCACGUAUCAACUUGGCAAAGCACCACAUUGGUGAUCAGGGCGCCCAGGCUCUCGCGCAGGCGCUGGACACGAACAGCGCGGUGACGCACAUCAACCUGCGGUCGAGUGGACUCCGCAGCGAGGGAGCUCAGGCCCUUGCAGUGAUGCUGGAGAAGAACAGCACCGUGACACACAUCAACCUGGAGUGCAAUGACAUCUCCGACGCAGGGGCAGAGGCCCUGGCGGCCGCGCUGGAGAAGAACCAGGUGGUGUCACACAUCAGCUUGGGGAACAGCGGCCUGGGAGCCGCGGGCGCCCGGGCCCUCGCGGCAGCGCUGCAGAAGAACUCUGCCGUGACGCACGUGGAAUUGGCCGGGAAUUGGAUAGAUGAGGCGCAGGCCCUGGAGGACAUCGAGAGGUGCGUGGCGAGAAACCGAGCUGCCCAGGCUUGAUCCUCGAGCCCUCCGCCGGGCAUCGGCGAACCAUCGGCGCGCGCCAGCCGUUGGCCACGCAAAGGUUCGUGGCCCGCGGCUAGAAGUUUUUCACCGGUCACUUCCCUUCCAUCUUGGCGCCAUGGGCCA